AUGAAGUUUCAGUUAUACAUUGCCAUAAUUUUCCUAAUAACAACGUCAGUUUUGACGAAUCAUGAGAAAAAAAUCAAUUUACGAGAAAUAGCAGCCGAGGUGAAUUCAGACCGGACUCUUUCAUGGAAGGCGAGCGCAUAUGGCCAGAAUGAAGUCGAUAUAAGUGAAAUUAUGAAAAAAUUUGGUGCAAAAUUCAGAAAAAGUGACCAAUUAACGUCGAUUAAAUUUACAAACGUUGUUCAAAAUGAAACCAAAGUAGGCUUCGGCUCGGGUUACCCCACUUCAUACGAUGCUCGAGAAGAAUAUCCCCACUGCCCUUCUAUUUCGCACAUAAGAGAUCAAUCAACUUGCGGCUCUUGUUGGGCCGUUUCUGCAGCUUCUGUAUUCAGCGAUAGAUUAUGCAUACAUAGCAAUGGAAAAUACACCGAUGAAUUAUCCUCUCGUUUCAUGUUAUCUUGCGAUAACAACGGCGAUGGCUGCAAGGGCGGAUACUUAGAUAUGGCAUGGGAAUUUUUAAAAAAACGUGGCACGUUGACAGGAGGUGAAUUUGGAUCUAAAGAAGGUUGCCAGCCUUAUCCUUUUCCUCCCUAUGUCUGGUACUUACCAUUUAUAGAGUAUUCAACGCCUCAAUGUUUGGAAAAUGAAUGCAAUAAUGAAUCUUAUGAAUACGAUUACGAACCCGAUCUAAUAAAAGCCAGAGAUAUUUAUCAUGUGGGAGACUUUACUGGAUCAUCAAUUAAUGCAUAUUACAUCCAAGAUGAAAUCUUAAACAAUGGCCCUGUUCAAGCAUUCUUAGUCGCGUAUCUAGACUUGCUCACUUAUCAAUCAGGAAUCUACCGUCAUUAUAGACAGAGGGGACAAGUGCCUUUGGCAGGACAUGCUGUCAAGAUUAUCGGCUGGGGAGAAGAAUUCGGUGUCAAGUAUUGGUUAAUUUCCAAUUCAUGGGGUGAAAAUUGGGGUGAAAAGGGAACAUUCAGAAUGAUACGAGGAGAAAAUCAUUGUAAUAUUGAAACUGGAGUUUAUGCAGGUAUUCCAGAACUUUAAUUGGUACCUACAGGGUGUCCGGUGAGCAUGAGAAUAUUUCAGAUUAUCCUACGCGCCAUGGUCAUCUCAUCGAUAUAAUUUUUUGUUUUGUUUUGUUUUUUUACAUUAAGAUGUGUUAUUUAAGUUCUAUCCUCAGACUCUUCAAUUUGCUAUCCAAACAAAAAUUCGUGUAAUCAAAU